AUGGCAGAUUCAAAAGUAAAUAGAAGAAGCGUUUUUAUACAAAGAUUGAAAGAAAUCUACGAUUUAGCUACUGCUGCUACACAGAACCCAGCUAAAAUUAAUGAUUUUAAAAUACGAUAUUCGGCGUUAGAAUCAACAUAUAAUGAGUUUGAUAGGUUGCAUUUGGACAUAAUUUCUGAUAAAAGAGUAACGGAUGUAAUGCUUGAGCAGCAGGAGCUAAUUCGAGCGGAAGUUGAUGAUCAAUACUUUUCAAUUAUAAGCAUUUAUAGUGAACUUUGUAUAAAAUCUGAAAUAUCCAUGAUGGUACCACCUUCGCCACCAGGCCAGAGCCAUAAUUUGCCGCCUUACCUAAAUUUUAAUCUUCCCCGUUUAGAUAUACCUGUUUUCUCAGGCAAUUUAAAACAGUGGCCGACAUUUUUUGAUUUAUACAGGAGUUCGGUGCAUAAUAUGAACUUUUCCGCUUCACAAAAAUUUCAAUUACUGCUUACUCUCGUAACCGGAGAACCGCUCAGUUUAUUGAGAAAUAUUCCUAUAACUGAUGACAAUUACGCAGUAGCCUACGAUACUUUAAUAAAAAGAUACGACAAUAAACGGCUUUUAUCGACUCAUUACUUCAAUGAAAUAAUGAACAUUUCCAAAAUUUCAAAUCCAUCGAAUCAAGCACUGCGUAAUGUUGUUGAUAAGUUUUGUGAAAAUGUGGAGGCAUUAAAAUUAUUGAACUUUCCUACUGCGGAAUGGGAUUUUUUGCUUUUUAAUUUACUCUUAAUGAAAAUCGAUUCUGAUACCUUACAGCGAUUUGAAAUGGAGCACGCAAAAUUUGAUAUACCCACUUUUGCGCAGUUGAAAUUAUUUCUGAAUAACAGGUGUAAGGUUUUAGAUACGUUGACCUAUACUCAGGAAGAAAAUAAAUCAAAAAAUGCCGGAACCAUUUAUAAUAGUAAGUCUUUUGCCAGUAACCGUCAACAUAAGUCAGGUUCUAGGAAUAAUGGUGAUCACUCCAAAGCAUUUUUUACUAAUACUCCUUCUAAUAACGGUCCUACAUUGAAUUGUGGUAUCUGUAGGACCCAGCAUUCCAUUAUAAACUGCUCCGUCUUUUUAAGUAAGACUCCUCAUGAGCGCUAUUUACUAGUUAAACGCAACCGUUUGUGUGUGAAUUGUUUGAGUUCGUUUCACAAAUUUUCGAAAUGCAGUUCUAAUAAGACCUGUUCUUCUUGUACGAAACGCCAUCAUUCUUUACUACAUUUCGAGUCGGCACAUGGUAAUGAACGUAGUCCACCUAAUGACGAUGUUUUGCCCAGUGCUAAUGACUCUUCCGUAGAUCAACCACAUUGUGGCACCACUUCCAUAAAUUCUAAUAGUGCAUUUACGCUCCUUGCGACUGCAAAAGUGGAUUUUCUGGACAGCCAAGGUUAUUCCCACACAGUUAGAGUACUACUGGACAGUGGAAGCCAAGGCAAUUUUAUAUCCGAAAGAUGCUUUAAGAAAUUAGGACUUUCCCGCUCUCGUUUGAACAUUCCAAUUAAUGGGUUAGGUAAUAUGACAUCUGUAUCGUCGAAUGGUGUUACUUGUUGUACGGUCCGCCCGGUGGGUAAGAACACACCUUCUUUUCCCAUAGAAUGUAUCGUUUUACCGCAGAUUUGCUCCUACAUGCCUUCUGUAUCUUUCAGUCGCGAGAACUGGUCACAUUUGGAGAAUUUAGUCGUUUCUGAUGACACCUACAAUACUCCUGGACCUAUAGAUGCUCUCAUCGGGUGCGAGUUAUUCCCUUUAAUUUUGUUGCCUGAGAAGGUGUGCGGUAAAGAGUUGGAACCUGUCGCAUUCAAUACAUUAUUUGGCUGGGUAGUGAUGGGUAAAAUUGAUCGUAUAAAAAGCAAGUCCUCAUAUUCCUGUUGCACACUAUUGGAAGAAAACCGGGAUAUUAAUAAAACUCUUCAAAUGUUUUGGGAAAUGGAGGAAGUUCCAAGUAGCAAGUCUUCAUUAACCCUUGACGAUCCCGCUGAAAUUUCUUUUAACGAGACUCAUUCUCGAAAUCCUGAAGGACGUUUUAUCGUUACUCUACCGUUUUCCAGUGGUGAGCCAUUAUUUUCUGACUCACGCUCCAUAGCCCUAAAAAGGUUUUAUAGCUUAGAGCGCCGUCUUCUUAAGGAUCCUCCAUUAUUUGAGAUAUAUUCCAAAUUUAUGAAGGAAUACUUAGAGCUGGAUCAUAUGGAACCCGUGUCUGCUCCUGUCUCUGACGUUGCCCAGCGCCACUUCUACAUCCCUCACCAUGGGGUUACUAAUUCGAAUAGUACGACUACUGCAUUGCGCGUAGUCUUUGACGCAUCUUGCAGUCCGCGGGAUCGAUCGUUGAAUGACACUUUGUUGAUUGGUCCCAAACUACAAAAUGAAAUUGUAAGUAUUCUGUUAAGUUUUCGAAGGUUUCCUGUAGCAUUUACUGCCGAUAUCAAAAUGAUGUAUCGACAAAUACUUGUUAAUGACAGCCACCAAGACUACCAACGUAUUUUAUGGAGAUUCUCCCCUCGAGAACCUGUUCAAGAUUUUCGCCUAAAAACCGUAACCUACGGAUUAAAUUCAGCUCCUUUCCUUACUCUGAGAUAUCUUUUACAAUUAGCCACCGAGGGUAGAGAUAGAUUUCCUAGGGCCGCAGCAAUUUUAGCGUCCCAAGUGUAUGUUGAUGAUAUAUGUGUAUCUUGUAAAUCUUUAGAGGAUGCUGUGGAUAUCAAACAUCAACUUAUUGCUCUAUUGGAUGAGGGUUGUUUUUUCCUUAGAAAAUGGUCUAGCAAUUGUGUUGACUUCUUAGCUACUAUACCUUCAGAUAUUCUACAGAAACCUCUCGCACUUGACACUAAAUCCGAUCCUUACUUGAAGGUUUUGGGUCUCAGAUGGUCUCCAGAGAAGGAUAUCUUCUCAUACGACAUACAAUUUCUCAACUCGACAUGUACUAAGAGAUCUAUACUUUCUGAAAUCUCCAGAAUUUUUGAUCCAAUUGGAUUACUUUGUCCCAUAACUCUAUUAGUUAAGCAGCUAAUGCAAUCUUUAUGGGCGAGAGGUAUCGACUGGGACAGUGAAGUGCCCGCAGAUAUUGCCCAAAGGUGGACCGACUACAAAAAUGAAUUGCCAAGUCUGUCAGCAUUAGAAAUACCCCGUUAUUGUUUUAUUUCAAAGUAUGUUAGUUUAGAAUUCCAUGCUUUUGGGGAUGCUUCAGAGCUAGGUUAUGGAAGUUGUAUCUAUUCUCGCCUCGUGUCUCCAGAUGGCCAAAUUUCUACUUAUCUCCUCUAUGCUAAGAGUAAAGUAUCUCCAUUGAAGAGAUUGAGUCUUCCUAAAUUGGAAUUAAGUGCUGCAUUAAUGGCUUCCAAAUUGCUUAAAUAUGCCUUAAAUGUUUACAACAUUCCCGACGUACAAAAUAUUUAUGCUUGGUCUGACUCGACUAUAGUCCUAGGUUGGAUAAGGUCACCGCCCUGUCGUUGGCGCACUUUCGUCUCAAACAGGGUGAGUCAGAUUCAAGACAAUGUAGCACCUGAACGUUGGUUUCACAUCAAAUCAGAAGACAAUCCAGCUGACCUUGCGAGUCGCCCUGUCCUUCCGUCUGAUUUAGUUGACUGUCCCUUAUGGUGGGCGGGACCAGCUUGGUUGUCGCGUCCCUCCGAAGAGUGGCCCAAACACGAACUUGGUGAAUUGGACGAACCACUACCAGAAGAAAGAGCGACCAUUCUCACGAAAAUACUUCGCCUUAUUACUUAUUGGCGUCGUUUUCUUGGCAUUCAUUUUAAAGUGGUUUCAGUGGUUAAAAAGCGUCCUUUCACGGAGUACGAGUUAUUUCAGAGUCUUCUCCGCAUUGUGAAGCAAGUACAAGCAGAAGCCUUUUAUGAAGACAUUUCCAAUCUUUCGAACAAGAGUGUUUGUUCCAAGCCGUUAAGAAAGCUUGCUCCUUUCAUCGAUGAACAAGGACUUCUCAGGGUAGGCGGACGCCUUACUCACUCUCAACUUGAUUACGAUCAGAAGCAUCCCGUUUUGCUUCCCAACAAACAUAGGUUGACUGAUCUUAUAAUAGAGGAUUUUCAUAAAAGAUACCUUCACUGUGGACAGCAGGCCUUGCGCUAUUUUAUAUCUCAACGGUUUUGGAUUUUGGGUGCUAAAGGAGCUAUAAAACGUAUUGUCCAUAAGUGUUUCCGCUGCUUUCGAACACAUCCUCAGGUAAUAGAACCAAAAAUGGGCGAUUUGCCUAGUUUCCGCAUUACCCAAGCCAAGCCCUUUCAAUGUACUUCUUUGGAUUUCGGUGGCCCUUUUCAGAUACUGAUGUCAAGACAUAGAGGUUGCCGUACUCAAAAGGCUUAUCUAUCUCUCUUUGUGUGUUGUUCUACAAAGUGCCUGCAUUUGGAACUGGUAUCAGACCUAUCCACUUCUGCCUUUCUUGCGUCAUUGCGUCGCUUCAUCAGUCGACGUGGUAGAUGCUCCAAACUGCACAGUGAUAACGGUACCAACUACGUUGGUGCAGCUCGAUACUUAGCAGAUUGCAUGGCUAAAGCAGCCGCUGAGGAAUUAAUCGAGUGGCAAUUUUUCCCUCCUUCAGCGCCUCACUUUGGUGGGUUACACGAAGCUGGCAUUAAAAGCGUCAAAACCCACAUUACUAAAAUCAUAGGGGAACAAUUACUUACCUAUGAAGAAUUUUACACAGUUCUCACUCAAGUUGAGGCCGUACUCAACUCUAGACCACUUUGCGCUAUGAGUAGUGAUCCCAACGAUCUAUCCAGUUUAACACCAGGUCAUUUUCUCUCCUUAGCUCCUUUAUCAGCUAUUCCCGAUCACGACCUCACUUGUGUUCCUAUGAAUAGACUUGAUAGGUGGCAGUUACUGACCAAAAUGCGUCAAUCAUUUUGGAAAAGAUGGCAUAUGGAAUAUCUUCAUUCUUUACAACAGAGAGCUAAAUGGGAUAAAGAUACCACUCUUAUCACGCCGGGUACUCUAGUUGUACUGAAGGAGGAUAAUUUACCUCCCCUCCAGUGGAGACUGGGACGGAUUGAUUCCAUUCACCCUGGUGCUGACGGUGUUCCACGAGUAGUCACUGUCAGAACCCAAAACGGUUUAAUCAAACGACCGGUUAUUAAGGUAUGUCCUCUGCCGGCCAAUUAA